AUGGAGGAAAUCCAAGAAUCUGAGGAGGAACAAGAAUCCAGUGUCACGACACAAACUGAGGACAAUGAUCAAAGACUUCAUGAUUGCCCUGUGUGCCAUAAACGAUUUGGUGCUCCAUCCAAACUAAAAAGGCAUUGUCUUAUUCACACGAAUCAGAGGCCAUUUCAGUGUUCCAUAUGCUGCCGUGCCUUCAGAGAACGCUCUCAUCUGAAAGUACACAUCAGAACUCACACCAACCCUGUUAAGAGGAGGACACGAUCACUCCACGGCUACAAGGACAACAGUGUGCCCUGUAAUCGAACAUCAAAGUCAAAGUUAAAACCUUUUCCAAAACAACCAACUGCCCAAGACGUUAACAAAUCAACAGAUAAAGAAAAGUUAACAGUGCACCAAGACAAAAAUAUGGUUACAGAGAAUAUGGCAUCUCAAAAAAUAAGUGGUGACUGCAAUGAUUCAGGUGUAUAUUUGCAAGACUUCCUUCUAAAUGCAAGAGGUUGGGAUGUUCACACUGGACGGAGUUCUGCAUAUUCUUCCAACCGUUCAGAGGACCAGUGGAUGGAGGAAAUCCAAGAAACCGAUGAGGAACAAGAACCCAGCAUCACAACACAAAAUGUGGUCAAGAAUGUAAAUGCUAAGGUGUCGCAAAGUAAGAAUUCUAAUGUAAACAAAAGAGUUUAUGAUUGUCCUGUGUGCCAUAAAUGGUUUGGUGCUCCAUCAGAACUAAAAAGGCAUUGUCUUAUUCACACGAAUCAGAGGCCCUUUCAGUGUUCCAUAUGCUGCCGUGCCUUCAGAGAACGCUCUCAUCUAAAAGUACACAUCAGAACUCACGCCAACCCUGAGAAGAGGAGGACACAAUCACUCCAUAGCUUUAAGGACUACAGUGUGCCCUGUAAUCGAACAUCCAAGUCAAAGUUAAAACCCUCUCCAAAAUAUCUAACUGUUCAAAACAAUGCUAAUUCAACAGAAAAACAACAGUCAACAGUUCACCAAGACCAAAAUAUGGUUACAGAGAAUAUGGCGUCUCAAAUUAUUAGUGGUGACUGCAGUGAUUCAGGUGUAUAUUUGCAAGAUUCCCUUCUAAAUAAAGAAGGUUUGGAUCUUCACACUGGACAGAGUUCUGCAUAUUCUUCCAACCGUUCAGAGGACCAGUGGAUGGAGGAAAUCCAAGAAUCUGAGGAGGAACAAGAAUCCAGUGUCACGACACAAACUGAGGACAAUGAUGUAAAUGCUAAGGUGUGGCAAAGUAAGAAUUCUAAUGUAAGCAAAAGAGUUUAUGAUUGCCCCGUGUGCCAUAAACGAUUUGGUGCUCCAUCCAAACUAAAAAGGCAUUGUCUUAUUCACACGAAUCAGAGGCCAUUUCAGUGUUCCAUAUGCUGCCGUGCCUUCAGAGAACGCUCUCAUCUAAAAAUACACUUCAGAACUCACAAUAUUCCUGAGAAGCGGAGAACACCAUCACACCAGAACUAUAGAGACAAUAGUGUGCCUUGUAAUCGAGCGUCAAGGUUAAAAACCUCUCCAAAACAGCCAACUGCCCAAGAUGAUACCAAGUCAACAGAUAAAGAAAAGUCAACGGUGCACCAAGAUAAAAAUAUGGUUAUAGAGAAUAUGGUGUCUCAAGUUAUUAGUGGUGACUGCAGUGAAUCAGAUGUAUAUUUGCAAGAUUCCCUUCCAAAUAACAAAGGUUUGGAUCUUCACGCUGGACUGAGUUCUGCAUAUUUUUCCAAACCUUCAGAGGACCAGUGGAUGGAGAAAAACCUAGAAACCGAGGAGAAACAAGAAUCCAGUGUUACAACACAAAGUGAGGACAAUGAUGUAAAUGUGAAGGUGUUGCAAAGUAAGAAUUCUGAUGGAAACAAAAGAGUUUAUGAUUGCCCUGUGUGCCAUAAACGGUUUGGUGCUCCAUCCAAACUAAAAAGGCAUUGUCUUAUUCACACGAAUCAGAGGCCAUUUCAGUGUUCCAUAUGCUGCCGUGCCUUCAGAGAACGCUCUCAUCUAAAAAUACACUUCAGAACUCACAAUAUUCCUGAGAAGUGGAGAACACCAUCACACCAGCACUAUAGAGACAAUAGUGUGCCUUAUAAUCGAGCGUCAAGGUUAAAACCCUCUCCAAAAUAUCUAACUGCCCCCAAUGAUACCACUUCAGCAAAUAAACAAAAGUCAAGCGUGCAACAAGAUCAAAAUGUGCUAACAGAGGAUAUGCUGUCUCAAAAAAAGAGUGGUGGAUGCAGUGAUUCAGGUGCAUAUUUGUCAAAAAGUACUAGCCCUUUAGGGAAUGUUGAGAACAAGGUUGUUUUCUGGUGCAACAACAAAUCAGUUUGGGGUCUGACGCAUAAACCUGACAUCCUGCUUGAUGGGAAAAAGGCAUCUGACAUUGUGCCUUUUGGCAGGGUGAGUGACUGUCCACCCAAAACUGACUCAUCUCUUCGUCAUUGUGCUCCCGAAUCAAGAACUGAGGAAAAAUGGGCACAUCACAUGGAUGAUAUUGAAGAUUGUGUCUUUGUGGACUCUGACACUGUUGUGACACAGUGUGUCCCUGAUUCUUACGAGCCCAGUUCUUGUCAGUAUCAACAGAAACCUGAUGUUCCCAGACUCCCAGAAGUUGUUGUGGAGCUUGAGGACUUUGAGGAUCCAGGUGAAUGUUUUAUCAAACCUCCACAUGACCUCCCUUUUUGUCCUGACUGUAAUCAGAGUUUCCGCACCAUAAGGAACUUAUAUGCACAUAACUGUGCAAACAGAUAUCCUGAAGGGGAGAUGAAGAAAUCCCACCAGUGUGACAUUUGCUUCAAAUUCUUCAAUGCCCCGUCCAAAUUGAAGAGACACUAUGUUACUCACACCGGUCAGAGGCCAUUCCAGUGCACACAGUGUCAGAAGUCGUUCACACAGUCCCAUCAUCUAAAAACACACAUGCUGUCCCACAGGUAGAGGGGUUACUCAAGGGUUGUCCAAAGAUACGACCAAACCAAAAGGGUUUUCAUUUGUAUUUCACUUGUGUGCUAUGUAGUUCUUUGAAAUACUAUGGUUUGGCUUUUCAAAUAAAUUUUGGAUUUCUUUUUAGAGUGUGAUGUGAUCAUAUAUUUUACAUAAUACAUUGAUGUGUAAAAAAAGACAGAAAUUUAAAUUAAAACACUGAAAUUUGGUGGGUCAUUUCCCGAGUGGCUGUUCCAUUUCUUCUUCUUCUUUUUCUUCUUUUAAUUUAACAAUAAAUAAAGUCAUUUGCUGCACAGUAAGAAAUGUGCAUCAGAUAUCAUUACAACAACACCAAAGUGUUGCAUGGCAUUUGACCAGCUGUUUUCAAUUUUUCCUACUUGAAAACAUUAUUCAGCAUUUGUCAUUUGCAGUACUUCUAUGUAUAUCCACUAGAUGG